ACUACUUUAUUUUCGCAUAUUGCCAAAUAUCUCCACAAAAUCACACCAUCCUCCAGAACAAAAAGGCGCUUCACUGAAAUAACUUUUUUCUUCCUCCGUGGGGAGACUGAAGAUUUUGUUUGUACAAUCUCAGCCACAUUGAUUGAAUCGUUUCCGGGUUUUUUAUUUUUUAUUUUUAAAAUCCAAACAUGCCUAAAAAAAUGGGAGUAAAUUCAAAGGCUGAGGAAGCCAGGGCUCGAAAGAAUAGUGCAGAGACUGAAAAAAAGGAAAGAGAAGCACGGCAGAAGGAAGAUCAGUACUGGAAGGAGGCCGAGGGUGCUAAAUCAAAGGCUGCCAAGAAGAAGGAAGAGGAAUCUGCUAAGCGAGCUGAGGCUGCAGCUAAAAAAGCUGAAAUCCGUAGGCUUCAGGAACAGGAAGAGAAAGAACUGGAGAAGCUUGGUAAGAAGGUGGAUAAAAAAGCAAACAGGGUCUCAAUCCCUGUUCCAAAAGUUACAGAAGCGGAGCUUGCAAGACAAAGGGAAGAGGAAAAGAGGCGGAUUGAGGUUCAUGCUGAGGAGUUUAAAAAGCGUGAAGCCAGGAUAGCUGGUGAAGAAGAAUAUGAGAAGAUUGUUUCAGUUGAAAAUACAAACAGGGAUGAGUCAUUGCUGGAGGCUCAUUCUGUUGAGGAAGCUUUGGCACAAAUGACUGUUAAUUCCUUACCUCCAGAUCGACAUCCAGAAAGAAGACUCAAAGCAUCUUAUAAGGCUUUUGAGGAAGCUGAGCUCCGUAGACUGAAGGAAGAGAAACCAGGUCUUUCACACAACCAAUACAAAGAUAUGAUAUGGAAAUUGUGGAAGAAAUCACCUGACAAUCCUCUUAAUCAGGUGGCAGAGUAAUUUUCUUUUUGAGAGAUCAUUGUUGCAACUUGCAACAUCAAAACUUUCUGUCUGAAUGGAUGUAAUUUACUACUGAAAGGUUUUGUAUUUAAAUUUUCUUCUGGUCAUCUGUUGUGUUCAGAACAUGUCUCUAUAUAACUGUUAGAAAUCUACAGAGGUGCUGUAAAUACUCAAUUCUUAUGUAGGAAAGGAUAUUUUGUUAUUUUAAUGAUGCCUUCCAUACAGGAAACAAUUAAGAAAAACCUGUUAUUCCUACAAAGUGCUUAUGCAGUUUUAUUA